CAGCAGUCUGGUGACGCUCUUCCGUCCUCUCCCACCCCGAGACCAACAAGUCAGCUCCAGCGCAUUUACAACUCUCAGCGCUGCGGUACAACCGACCCUCCGACUCUGAACCACUUCUUGGACUUUCGGGCCAACGAUGCGCAAAGAGGCGCAGCCGCGCUUGUCGUGACGCACCGCCGUUGGAUGAGGAGGCUUUGCAGCUGGAACUUUUGGAGUGAUGAGGAUUCCAAACAUGAAGAUCGCGUGGGUGUGUGUGCUCUGCUUCAUUGGUUUAUCAGACUCCGUGAUGGACUUGACGAUGAUCUCCACGCCCGAGGUCUCCCACAUCAGCCGCUUCUCCAUCGCCUGCAUCAACGGCGAGCGUGGCUCCGCUCCCACAGAGUUGCACAUCUCCAGAGACAACCAGAUCCUGGUUCUGUCCAAGACGCCCAGUUUCAAACUGCACAAGCCCAGGAACAAGGAAGUGGUGGCCCGAGACUUCGAGGGUUGGGACAACAUUGGUAUCUUUUACUGCAAGUCCACGCAGGAAGCUUCACUCUUGGACACGGUCACCAUGAUCAACAACUUCCCCAGAGCCAACUUUGUCCCGACUGAACUGACUGUGACAGCAAACCAAGGGGAAACCGUUCAUCUGAGCAUGCUGCUGCUCGACUAUCAAAAGAGGGACGUGACCUGGAAGUUCAAUGGAAAUUACUACUACAUGACUCACUGGACCGACAUGGUGAACCGCACUGCCGUGUUGACCAUCCAGAAUGUGGAGUUGGACCAUAAGGGCAUCUACAGUGCCAGCUACAUGGGUGACAGUCCGCUGCACGGCGCCUGGAUGAGGCUCAUCGUUCGAGAGUGUCCUGCACAGAAGUGGGGCCUUUCGUGCGACAAGGACUGUCCGGAGUGUUUAAAUGGUGGAGUGUGUCACGCCCUGGACGGGGACUGUGUCUGUCCGCCCGGGUUCAUGGGGACUCGCUGUGAGACAGCCUGCAGGGAGGGAAUGUUCGGCCGGAACUGCCAGGAGUCUUGUGGCGGGAAGCUCAACUGCAGAGGGCUGCGCUUCUGCCUGCCAGACCCGUACGGGUGCUCGUGCGCGAGCGGCUGGUACGGGAGCCGCUGCGAGAACGCCUGUCCAAGCGAUUCCUAUGGGCCAGACUGCAGGCGCAGCUGCAAAUGCCAAAAUGGGGGUGUUUGCAGUCGUUUUCAGGGCUGCCAGUGCCCCACCGGGUGGCGAGGACAGAACUGCGAAGUGUCUGACCGGGCCCCCCAGAUCUUGGACCUGGACAGCACUUUGGAGUGGAACCUCAACUCCAGUCCAAAGAUCUCUUGCUCAGCAACGGGAAACCCUCUGCCCAGCCAUGACAGCAUCGAGUUGAGGAAGCUGGACAGCACCGUCUACAAGGCCUCUCGCACCAUCAUGGACUCCAACAAGAGCAUUGCUCUGUUUGAGAUCCCACAUCUGACCGCUCAACAAGGGGGAUUGUGGGAGUGCAGAGUGUCCACCAACGGGGGCAGGGACUCCCGGAAAUUUAACCUCACGGUGAAAGAUCCUCCGGUGCCGGCAACCGCCCCCAGACUGCUGGAGAAGAGAAGUAAACAGCUGCUGGUGAUGCCGGUCGAGUCCUACAGAGGGGACGGGCCAAUCGUGUCCAUCAGGCUCCUGUACAAGCCGGUGGAGAAUGGAAACUCCUGGUCGUCCAUCAUAGUCUACAGUGACAAGGAGCCCAUCACGCUGAUGAACCUGGAGCCCUCCACACGCUACCAUGUUCGAGUGCAGCUGAGUCGUCCUGGAGAAGGUGGAGAAGGAGCACCGGGACCGGAAACCAUCAUGGAGACCGACUGUCCUGAGCCUGCAGUCAGACCGGAGAUCGACAUCAGCUCAGUGGACGGUCGCAACGCCACGGUGCGCUGGCGACUGCCCGGCAACGGCGGCGCCAACGGCGGCGAGGCCAGUGGCUUCUUAGUGCAGCUCUUCGGGCCACCACCGUACAGCACCAAACUCCUGGAGGAGACCACUCUGCUAAACGUGCUCUCCAAAAAGUUCCACAACUUGGCGUAUCAGCAGGACUACUCAGUGGUGGUGCGCCUCAUCAACUGUGGCAGCCAGGGGCCUGCGUCCAAGCCUUACCACUUCCGCAUCAACAGCCAGGGUCCAUCGUCCCCACGCAACGUCCAGGCAACGGCGCUGUCCAUUUCAAGCGUGCAGGUGAAGUGGCAGCCCCCGGAAGACCCCAACGGGGGCAUUGUUAAAUAUGUCAUCGAGUACCAGCCGGUGGGCCAGGGGAGUCCUCACCCCUGGGUCGACACCGACGACGGGAACAAAACCACCAAAGAUGUGACGGCGCUGAACGGCAGCACCCUGUACCAGUUCAGGGUGCGGGCCUUUUCAAAAGUACCCGGGGAGUGGAGCAAGUUCGUCCAGGCCACGACUCAAGGGGACGGUCUUCAGAGCUUGACCCCAACCACGCAGGGCGUGGCAGGGAGGCCGAGUGGGGACAGUUACCAGCUCUUGGUGGCGGUGGUGGGGUCCGUGACGGUCACCUGCGUCACCAUCCUGCUGGCUCUGCUCGCGCUCUUCUUCAUCCGCAAGACGCUGCUGAACCGCCGGCGCACAUUCACCUACCAGUCGGGAUCGGGAGAGGAGACGAUUCUGCAGUUCAACUCUGGAACUCUGACAUUGACGCGGAGGCCCAAGCCCACCCCAGAGCCCCUCACCUACCCCAUCCUGGAGUGGGAGGAUAUUAAGUUUGAAGAUGUGAUUGGAGAAGGAAACUUUGGACAGGUCAUCAAAGCCAUGAUCAAGAAGGACGGCAACAAGAUGAGCGCCGCCAUCAAGAUGCUGAAAGAGUUCGCUUCUGAGAACGACCAUCGAGAUUUUGCUGGGGAGCUGGAGGUUCUGUGCAAACUGGGCCAGCACCCCAACAUCAUCAAUCUGAUUGGCGCCUGCGAGAAUAGAGGCUACCUGUACAUUGCAAUCGAGUACGCCCCCUAUGGGAACCUCCUUGACUUCUUGAGGAAGAGCCGAGUGUUGGAAACCGAUCCUGCGUUUGCUAAAGAGCAUGGCACCGCCUCCACCCUCACCUCCCAACAGCUGCUGCAGUUUGCAGUGGAUGUGGCCACAGGGAUGCACUAUCUCAGUGACAAACAGUUCAUCCACAGAGAUUUGGCCGCCAGGAACGUUCUGGUCGGUGACAGUCUAGUUGCGAAGAUUGCAGAUUUCGGUUUGUCCCGUGGCGAGGAAGUUUAUGUGAAGAAGACAAUGGGACGUUUGCCGGUGCGUUGGAUGGCUAUUGAGUCUUUAAACUACAGUGUUUAUACCACCAAAAGUGAUGUGUGGUCGUUCGGAAUCCUUCUUUGGGAAAUUGUGAGCUUAGGUGGCACACCGUACUGCGGCAUGACUUGUGCUGAGCUGUAUGAAAAGUUGCCACAAGGAUACCGGAUGGAGAAACCCAAAAACUGUGAUGACGAAGUUUACGAGCUGAUGAGGCAGUGCUGGAGGGACCGUCCGUAUGAGCGACCGCCGUUCUCCCAAAUCUCUGUGCAGCUCAACAGGAUGCAGGAGGCCAGGAAGGCGUACGUCAACAUGGCCCUCUUUGAGAACUUCACCUACGCUGGGAUAGACGCCACCGCCGAGGAGGCCUGACUACCAGCCCCCCCAGAUCCGGCCAGGCCACCGCACCUAAAGAGGAAGCCUAGAAGGCUGUCGCCACGUUACUGCCGCCCCCCCGCUGCCAAGCGCAGAGACCGCAGGCGCUCGUACAGGAGCGGCCAGCUAUAGCCGUGGAACUGUGAAAGGACACUGUGACAGGACACUGUGCAGGACAAGUGAACGGCGGCGGGACGGUCUGUUCCUGUGGCGACUACAAAGUGAGGUGGCUUGCUGAAACACCACGGGUCUGUGGGGUGUCGACGUCGGACUUGUUGAGUUGAAUAAUUGUACAGCCACUGACUAUGAGGACGAACAUUCUACAUAGCACCGACAAAGAUGUUGUUGACCAUCACUGCCAUAUGAAUGUAACUUCUAUCAGACUGUUUGUACGUUACCCAGAUUAUAAUCCCAAUAGUUUCACUAGAUCCUCCUGUAUAUCUGUGAUUUAUUUGACCUGUGAUUGGUUAAUCUCAUCUUCUCUUUCCAUCACUGCUUCUACGUCUCUGUCUAUUUACAUAUUUACGUUUAAAACCAAUGCUCCAACAAACCCCAAAUUCCACCUCAUUUGUCCGGAGAUAGAGGUGGGCGAUAUGAUGACAUUAUACCAUCAACAACUGGAACCUACCAACGUGAGGAGAUCACAUGGAUUCUCGAAAACUGCGUAGAUCUACGCUCUACACUCUGACAGCCAAGACGCCGGGCAAAUGCGCAACUUCCAGUUGUUUUUAAACCUGAUGCUCAGCAGUCAGUAGCUUUAAUUUUUUCAC